AUGACGACCAAACAGAUGUGGGAGACCAUCAAGCGGUACUUUGGGGAUGGCCACGUCCCUGGAUCUGCUCCGCUGCGCUACAAUAUACACAUCUGCGAGAUGAUACCGUCGAGCCCUUUUACUGCCAGUGGCAGCUCUCGCUACGGAAUAGAGCUGAGCGAGGCUGCGAUGCCCCUAUACUCUGUCCUCGGAGAUACGUGCCCCCCACCUUGCACAUGUUUCGAGAUGCCAGCCGUUGUCAAGCACAUUGAGGAGUGGUUGGAGAAUAACCCGGAUGAUAUCCACCCAGAUGACAUGGCCAUUACCAGUGGAAAGAAUGACACUGACGCCGAUGAGGUCUCGCUCUUCAUCAUGCGAGACGUACUUAGUUGGUGGGUGCAUUGGGGCGGAGCUCUGCGCCCAGAAGACUAUUGGAAGCAAAUAUACGUCGCCUUCGCCGCCAUCCCCGAUGACAUACAGCUAAGCCCGGCGGCGUUCUUCGACGGGACCUACCGUUUUCUUGGUCACACCUGGAACGACUGUCGCGAGGGUUUGUUGAAAGAAGGCAUGACCCCAGACAAGGUGGAGUUUGUCGAAAUGUGCCUGUGGCGCCAGAUUCUCACGCAAUACUUUGAGAAGGUGGACCCAGCCCUAUACCCGCUCCUAAAGUCCAAGACGACCUUGAUGACACAGUACCGAGUUCAUACGGGCAACACAUUGGGAUGCGCGGCGUUAGUUUUGGCAACCAUGGACAUGGCCCCUGGAGUAGAGGGCGUACAGGACCAUGCGCUGGAGGCGGCCUCGAUCGCGCAGUGCCUGUCCAUGGACAUGGCCAAGGAGGCGCUAGGGAUCCUUAAGGGUGAGAAGACGGAGACGGUGGCCGGGAACCGAGUGCAGCUCAAGAGGGAAUUGCGAUGGGUCUACGCUCGAUGCAUGGAGCAGCUCAACGCACACGAGGAACAGGCCUUUCUAUUGCGCCGAUUCGCCUCAGCUGGCUUGCACUAUGUGCCCAUGAUGGACAGGUACCUUGAGAGGGUCAAUGGCAACUCCCGCUUCCCGAUUACCGAACUGCAGGCCAAAAUCCUUGCCCCUUUCAUUAAUAGUCGAUCGGUACCCCCAUCCCUGAAUAAGACUCUGGUUCUGUCUGGUGCGGUUUCCGGGAUGAAUAUGGACGAGCUGGGGAUCGUCGGUACUACCAAUGGACUCAAUGCUAACGGCCCAGAAAGUGUUGAAGCAUGA